CCGCUCGGCGUGCAGUCCUGGUGCUCCCUUCCGUGCCCGUGACCCGACUUUAAAAUCAGCUUUAGAGAAAAGUCUAGCAGAUCAAGCCAAAGAGCUGAAUAUACUCCAAGAGGAAGACGGCAAGUACAUGAAUGCAGCUGGGCCUGACUUCCAAGGGCUCUAAACCACAGAAGAACUACUUUUGCUGAGUACGGAUCCUCUGCCCCACGCUGGAAAUGACAGAGCCCACCAUCCUCUUCUUCCGUGCCUGCCUUGCGGCGCUUGCCAUGCCCAUCUACUUGCUAUCGUUCCUGGGCAUAUGGGAACCUUUCUGUAAGAAGGUAUUUUUUCCUUUCUUCUUAGAGAAGCUUUCUGCAGUUUACGAGAGGAAAACAAAGAAGCAGAAACAGGAGCUAUUCCGUAAUCUACCUGACUUCACCAGCCCCUCGGGAGAGCUGAAGCUGCUGGAGAUCGGGACCGGCUGCGGUACUAACUUCCAGUUCUACCCACCAGGCUGCAAGGUCACAUGCACGGACAUAAACCCCAACUUCCAGCAAGGCCUUUCGAGAAGCAUGAACAAGAACCAGCACAUCCACUACGAGCAUUUCCUAGUAGCUGCGGGGGAAGACCUGCACCAGGUGCCCAGCGGUUCUGUGGAUGCAGUCAUCUGCACCCUGGUCCUCUGCUCUGUGCAGAACGUGAACGGCACCCUGAAGGAGGUCCUGCGAGUGCUCAGACCAGGAGGCGCUUUCUAUUUCUUAGAGCACGUGGCUGCUGAUCAUUCCAGCUGGAAGUAUUUUUGGCAGCAGAUCUGCUAUCCGACUUGGAAGCUCGUCUUUGCUGGGUGCUGCCUAACGAGAGAGAUAUGGAAGAAUCUCGAAGAGGCCAACUUCUCGGAGCUGAAAUUACAACACAUCAGCGUAGCGCUGCCCUGGACGCCCAUCCAGCCUCACGUCAUCGGGUACGCCGUGAAGUAACUCACCCCCUGCCCGGCCGCCUUCCCCCGCCCCGAGAGAAAUUCCUUGACAUAAUCAACACGGCAUAGGCUAAUCCAGACGUCCGAAUCUAGGUAACAAGGUGAAGGACUUUAAUUAAAGUUUCUGAUUCAAGCAUCAAAUGAGAAGAGAGGGUCAAUUAAGAUCUUUGAAGCCCUCAUGCUGCCGACCGUGCCUCACCAGGCCCCAGCGCAGCCCAUGGAGGAUCCCAGCAGGCUGCAGGAGAAUGCGAAACAGCCCAGCAAGCAAGGGGGGGGAAAA